CUUAGGCGGCGCCAUUUUGUGCUCAGAGCCGCUACAGCCGCCGGGGGUGUGGGAAGUGGGUGGCGGGGACGCGAGACCUGGGAUGGCGGAGACUCUGGCAGGGUCCGGCGAGUCGGGUUCUGGCACAGCCGCUGUCGGGUCGGGUACCUCGGAGGCCGGGACGCGACGGCUGAGCGACUUGCGGGUGAUAGACUUGCGGGCGGAGCUGAAGAAGCGGAACCUGGACACGGGCGGCAACAAGAGCGUCUUGAUGGAGCGGCUCAAAAAGGCGGUUAAGGAAGAAGGGCAGGAUCCUGAUGAAAUUGGUGUUGCGUUGGAAGCCACAAGCAAGAGGACAACAAAGAGGUGUAUUAAAGGACAAAAGAUGGAGGAAGAAGGUACAGAAGACAAUGGCCUGGAAGAAGAUUCCAGAGAUGGGCAGGAGGAUAUGGAUGCAGGUUUAGAGAGCUUGCAGAACCUCGACAUGAUGGAUGUGGGUGUGUUGGAAGAAAGCGAAGUUGAGAAUAGCAGUGCUCCCGACUUUGGGGAGGACGGCGCUGACAGCAUUCUCGGUUCCCUUUGUGAUAGCAAAGAAUACGUGGCGGCCCAACUGCGAGAGCUCCCGGCGCAGCUCACAGAACAUGCUGUGGAUGGGGAGGGCUUCGAGAACACUUUGGAUGCUUCAUCAUUGGACUUCAAAGUACCUCCGGAUAUUGAAGAACCUCUAUUGGAGCCAGAAAAUGAGAAAAUACUCGACAUUUUGGGGGAAACUUGUAAAUCUGAGCCAGUAAAAGAAGAAGGUUCCGAGCUGGAGCAGCCCUUUGCACAGGAUACAAGUAGCGUGGGGCCAGACAGAAAGCUUGCGGAGGAAGAGGACCUUUUUGGCAGCGCCCAUCCGGAGGAGGGUGAUUUAGAUUUGGCCAGCGAGUCAACAGCACAAGCUCAGUCGAGCAGGGCAGACACCCUGUUAGCGGUAGUGAAAAGGGAGCCCGUGGAGCAGCCAGGCGAUGGCGCGCGGACGGACUGUGAGCCUGUAGGGCUAGAGAAGCCAGUUGAGCAGAGUAGUAAAGCCUCAGAGCACACGGAAGCCUCUAGCGAGGAGGCCGCGGAAGCGCCCCCGGAAGCCUCAAGCCCAGACCCCAGAGAUAGCAAAGAAGACGUGAAGAAGUUUGCUUUUGAAGCUUGUAAUGAAGUCCCUCCGGCUCCUAAAGAGUCCUCAGCCAGUGAGGGCGCUGAUCAGAAAAUGAGCUCUUUUAAGGAAGAAAAAGAUAUAAAGCCAAUCAUUAAAGAUGAAAAAGCAGGUCGCACCAGCAGCAGCUCUGGACGGAACCUGUGGGUCAGUGGACUGUCCUCCACAACUCGAGCAACAGAUCUGAAGAACCUCUUCAACAAGUAUGGAAAGGUUGUCGGGGCCAAAGUGGUGACCAACGCCCGCAGUCCCGGAGCUCGGUGCUAUGGAUUUGUUACCAUGUCGACAUCUGAUGAAGCUACAAAGUGCAUCAGCCAUCUCCACAGAACUGAGCUGCAUGGAAGAAUGAUCUCCGUAGAGAAGGCCAAAAACGAACCUGCUGGGAAAAAGCUGUCUGACAGGAAAGAAUGUGAAGUGAAGAAAGAAAAAUUAUCUAGUGUUGACAGACAUCAUCCUGUGGAGAUCAAAAUUGAAAAAACGGCGAUUAAGAAGGAGGAGAAGAUGGAGAAAAAGGAGGAAAAAAAGCCUGAAGACAUUAAGAAGGAAGAAAAAGACGAGGAUGAGCUGAAACCAGGACCUGCAAAUCGGUCCCGAGUCACCAAAUCAGGAAGCAGAGGAAUGGAACGGACGGUCGUGAUGGAUAAAUCGAAAGGAGAGCCUGUCAUUAGCGUGAAAACCACAAGCAGGUCAAAAGAGAGAAGCUCCAAGAGUCAGGAUCGCAAAUCGGAAAGCAAAGAGAAGAGAGACAUUUUGUCGUUUGAUAAAAUCAAAGAGCAAAGGGAGCGCGAGCGCCAGAGGCAGCGGGAACGGGAGAUCCGAGAGACGGAGAGGCGGCGAGAGCGCGAGCAGCGCGAGCGGGAGCAGCGCCUGGAGGCCUUCCACGAGCGCAAGGAGAAGGCGCGCCUGCAGCGGGAGCGCCUGCAGCUCGAGUGCCAGCGGCAGCGGCUAGAGCGCGAGCGCAUGGAGCGGGAGCGGCUGGAGCGCGAGCGCAUGCGCGUGGAGCGCGAGCGCCGCAAGGAGCAGGAGCGCAUCCACCGCGAGCGCGAAGAGCUGCGGCGCCAGCAGGAGCAGCUGCGCUACGAGCAGGAGCGGCGGCCGGUGCUGCGGAGGCCCUACGAUGACGGGCGGCGAGAUGAUGCUUAUUGGCCGGAAGGCAAGCGUGUGGCCAUGGAGGACAGGUACCGCCCAGACUUCCCUCGGCCUGAUCACCGCUUCCACGACUUUGACCAUCGAGACCGGGGCCAGUACCAGGACCAUGUGGCUGACAGGAUCCGGCUUCACUCCCACCCUCAGGGAGAAGGCUUUAGAUGCAAGCCAGCUUUUUUGCACAGGAGGGAAGGUUCAAGGUCAGUGAUGGGAGAGCGAGAUGGGCAACACUACGCAGACGACCGCCACGGCCAUGGAGGACCCCCCGAGCGCCACAGCCGGGACUCCCGGGACGGCUGGGGGGCCUACGGCUCCGACAAGAGGACGAGCGAGGGCCGGGGGCCGCCGCCUCCACCCAGGGGUGGACGUGACUGGGCGGAGCACAGUCAGAGGCUGGAAGAGCAUCCGGAGCGUGCGUGGCCAGGCUCAGUGGACGCAGGCACGGCAGGCCGGGAGCAUGCGCGGUGGCAAGGUGGUGAGAGGGGCCUAUCUGGGCCCUCGGGGCCAGGACACAUGGCAAAUCGGGGCGGGAUGUCGGGGCGAGGCGGCUUUGCACAAGGCGGGCAUUCCCAGGGUCACAUGGUGCCUGGUGGCGGACUGGAAGGUGGAGGACUGGCCGGCCAGGACCGGGGCAGCAGAGUCCCGCACCCCCACCCCCACCCCCACCCAUACCCCCACUUCACCCGUCGCUACUAAACCCCACUCACUCCGAGUGUCCAGGUAGGCAGAUGCACUGUUGAAUAAUCUCAGCCGGAGUUACCUUGAACUUGUGGAACCUUUUAAGAAACAAAAGCAAAUCCUGCCACCAUGUUGUAGCUCAAAACAAUGUGAAUUCACUUUUUUUUUUUAAAUAAACGUGUUCUUCUCUGCCAUUUUUAAGACAAGAUUUCUGUUAACGAGGCAUUCCAUUUUCCAUUAAUAAAAGUUUAUGG